AUUCACUUCCGGGUCAGGUUGUCGGGCGCCGCUGCCGCCUUGCCUGUCGUUCGUGGCCGCGCCUCUUUCCCUCGCUGCCUCCCUGCCUGCCUGCCUGCCUGCCUGCCUGCCUGCCAAGCCCGACCGCCAUGGCGAGCAGCAGCAGCAGCAGCGGCGGCGCCGCGCUGAACCUCAACGCCGUGCGGGAGACCAUGGACGUUCUGCUUGAGAUUUCAAGAAUAUUGAAUACUGGUUUGGAUAUGGAAACUCUUUCUAUCUGUGUCCGACUCUGUGAACAAGGAAUAAACCCAGAGGCCUUGUCUUCUGUUAUUAAAGAACUUCGAAAGGCUACAGAAGCUUUAAAGGCUGCUGAAAAUAUGACCAGCUGACUCUCUUAAAAGAUCUUUAAAUGAGAGAAAUAUUAAGCCCCGGAAAGGGUUUAGAAGAUUUGCAAGCAUCGGAAAAAGAGAAUGAGACUACUAUUCGCAGCAAUGUAGAACUCUUUCAUUUUUUUUAUAAAGAAUGAUACAAAGUUUUAAGAAUAAGUGUGCAAAGUGGAUUUUUGAGAUUCAUUAAAUGACCCUUUCACAUCAUUUUAAAAUUGGAAAUAGCAUAUUAUACAUGUGCUCCUUAUUUAUGUAUGAAUGCUUUAAUUUUAUAAGCUAUCUGCUUAUCAAAUGCUGCACAUCUGUUGAGCCCAGUAGAAAGUAUUGUGGAACACAUCAAAAUCUGAUCUAGUAGCUAUGAGUCAUUGGCAUUUCCAUUAUAAACUCUAAUUUUGACUGGUUCAUGCAUAAUAACUUAGCGUCUUUACUCUGCAUUGGGCUGAUAAGUUGACAAUUCCAGAUGCAGCUUGUGUGAAUUUUGAUUUAAAUCAGUUGUGUUUGUCUGAAAAGUCAUUUGUUUUUUACAAGGGCUUAGAAAAAGCAUGUGUUAUAGUCUCUUUGCACGUAGGACUAAAAGAAUUAGUUUUAGAACAAUUUCCGUUUAGUUGGCAGUUAAUGGUGUGAAUAUGAAUCACAUACUUGUAUUGAAAAAUAAAAGUUAUGGAAACAGUGUCUUAGAUUUUUAAAGGAAAAUCCAGGCAUAUCAUUAGUGUCAUGCUACAUUUCAUAUCCCCUGAGGAUAUUUAUUUUAGUAAUGUUUUGCCUUGGGGAAAAUAUGGAGUGGGCCCAAAUUCUAAGUCUUUCCAUUUAUUUAGAGGAAAUUGAUUAAAGGAGAGAGGUGGAAUUUUCAAAUCAGUGAGCAGAUUAAAUACUAAAACUGAGGCAGACAUCAAAAAUCACUAAUCUGUCCCUUCCUAAAAACAUUUGAGUUCAUGAUUUGCAUCCUGAAAAAUCAUUUAAUCUUAUAAGUUCAACAUAAAGUCAUUUUGAAACAUCUAGGCCUGGAAAAAAGAAAAAUAGGCCACACAUCACAAAAAGCUAAUUUGAAUUUAAUAUUAGAAAGCUCACUGAUUCCCAUACUUUGAUUUUGGAAAGUCAACAGAAGGUGUUUGCAUAUGACAUGGAGUGGGAGCUUCUCUGCAAGCGUUAGGCUAACUGUUAUGGUUUUAAAUCAAGUAAGGAAGAUCCAAACCCUACUCCCUUCACCCUUGGUUUCAACUAUGGACUGUAAUUAUCUUGCCAUUUUUUCUUUCCAAUGCAGUUAGAAUUUAUAUUAACCUUGCUGUAAGCUCCAGAGGCUUAGGACAAAGGGGGCAACCAUAUCUGAGCCAUAUUUCUAAGAUAAUCAUAAGAAGCUAAUCGGUAGUAUGUUGCCACUCGGGUCCAUAAGGGACUAUAACAAUUCUGGGACCCUAGUACAGUGCUGUUUGUUCACCUUAUAAAAUUUAUGUUGCAUUUAAAUGAAGCAUGUUUGCCAUCUAAGUCUUGGACCAUAAAGUGAAAAGGAAUUCAUUACGUUCACAUUAAAUCAUUAUGCAAUGGGGAGAGGCUUGGUAUUCAGUUUUAUUCCUACGACUGUGUCAUAUCUAAGUAAUUUAUAAUAUAGUAGGAGAGGGUUCACAGUGGGCUUCCUGAAUGAUACAUUUAUGAAAUAUAAACAUAUAUUUUUAAUGCAAACUUAUAGUAAUCUUUGAAAGUUAGUAUCCCAUGAGGGUAUUUAUUGUGUUGUUUUGCCUAAGAAUAUGGAACACACAUUUGCCAUGAAAUUGCAAACUUGUGUACUUAUCCGUGAAAUAAAAUUUUUCAUUGUCUUUAAA